GUGACGCCACAAUUUGGAAAAUUGUUUCGGUUUUGUUGAAAACAGUAAGUUAAAUACUUAUGUUAAAAACGAUACUGUUUUUAUUUUAUCCGAUCAUUAGUUAGUGUUAUUAAUAUUAGAGACUAACCUAGAAAAAUGGAUGGAACUAGUUCCGAGGUUUUAAAUGAUGCGCAGAAAACUGAACUCGAAGAAUUAAAGAUUCAAAAGAAGAUUGAAAAUGAGAAAUACCUGCGAGACCACCCAGAAGUACGAUUAAUCAUCUCAAGGUUUCUCAAAGAGGUGUUCCAGAAAGAACCAUCCAACAUUCCACAGUUUGCAGCAGAGCUCUUUGGAAGUGAAACAUUUAAAGCUGACAUUGAUAAACUUUUGGAAGAAGCACAGUCAUCAUCACUUUAAUUUUGUUGAAAUAAUAUGGAGUUUUUGUUAGCUGACAUUAUUAAAAUUGUUGAAGUAGGUUUUAUUUAUUAAAAGUGGAUUAUUUUUAUUUAAUUGUACUAAAAAAUGAGUCUAAAGGUUAACAAUAAAAAUAUUAACUAUUCCAUCCAAUCAAGU